UAAAGUCUAAACCCUCCUAGACUUCAAACACCGAUUCCAAGUAAUAAUGGGGAGCUUACAGCGACCCGACCUACCACAAAACCUAAUGAACAUAGAAGCAGAAUUCGAGAGAAAGGUUGCGAUUUGUGACGAAAUGGACGAAAUUCUGGAUGGCAGUGGCGGCUAUGAGGGUGAGACCGACUCCCCUUCCAAGAUAGUUAUGUUGCUUCGCCGAUUUCUGGCCUUGCAGCAACGCAGAGCCCAAUCCUAUACUAGGCUUAAGAGGUGCCGCAUGCGCUCUCGUCAGUCUCGUGUGUUUUAUGUAACUUUAUGCAUGUGCAUGAUCUCAGGCGAAAUACGUUAUGUUUGAUUUCAAUUUGUUACGUAGUAUUUAGUUAGAAUUAUUCUAUGCAUGUACGGAUGUUCUAUUUCUGCUUCAACAGGGGGUUUGACGAUUAUAUGGUUUCUGGAGUCGACUCGACUUACCAACAACUCUGUAGACAGAUCGCAGUCGAAUUCAAUGAUUGUUCAAAGCAAGUCCUUGAAAUUGAGUCACAACUUCUCUGUCCCAAUUACUUCAGAGAGGAUUUAGCCGCAAUAUUAAGAUCAGUUCAAGCACAAGAGAAGAAGAAGUUGCAUUUGACAGCCACUUUUCAAGUGUUAAAAAAAACUGGACGUCCCUCAGAGGGACUUGUAAGCCAUGAAAAUUGUAGAUUCGGUAAGCCAGCGGGGCAUGAAUGUGUACAUAUCCAGACUAUUACUGAAGCUUCGGGAACUGAAGAGGCAGAGGCUGGUGCGGAUUAUGAAAAUGCUUUAAGGGAAGCCAUUAAAGGUGUCCAGGAUGCAGUGACUGUCAUAAACGAACAUGUGGAAGAGGUCAGAUAUGAAAUUGCUGCAGCACUUGAAGAUUCGUAAUUCACGACCGACUUUAGACUAGAUUCUCGCAAUGGUAUAUGUACAAUUGUACAUCAUCAUACAUCAAUUAAUUCCUAUGUAAGCCAGCUGCGAAUAGACUAUCUGUUUUUGUUUUCUUUGAUUAGCACUUAUAGUGGAUGUAAACUGAAAUGAGUAUCUCAUGUUGGGAUGGACUCGGGCCGGGUCAACCAGACUGAAACCGGACCGGCCUGGUACUGUUACAAACCGACCCGACCCGCGGCCUGGGUCCGGGCCGGGUGCAAUAUACCCGAACCGGGCAACGGGUGGCCAUAAAAUGAACCGCCAUCUGGGCCCAUAUUU